ACUGAAGGCGACGGAGAAACAGCGGAGGCGUACAUAGCAAAAUUCUCAAACUCCUGAAUCACUUCAGAAAAAGGUUUAGUGACUGUUAAACCAACGUAAAAUGUAAAGUCUUGUUUGUGUGGCGUUUUUGUGUCUGCGUUGAGCGACGAAUCAGGUUAUGGAACAGCAAAUGAGUGAUGAAGAACCAGUAGUCCUCAGAGAAGAUAACCGAAGGAGAAGAAGGAAGAUGAAACCCAUCACCUCCACCUCUUCAGUAGCCAUGGACCAGAUAGCCAUUGAGUUUGCACUCCCAACCACCACCAAGACAGGCCGCAGCCCAGACACCCUGCUGCUAGAGGUGACAGGAAACUGGACCGUGGAGCAGGUGAAAGCCCAGGUUUGGUUAAGGGCAGUGGCCACCAACCUUUGUCCGGAGUUCUACCAGAAAUACUCUCCAGACCAUUGCAUCCUCCUCUACAAGAAGAAAGGAAACUGGUGCGAGAUUUAUGACAAACACCAGGUGUUCCAAACCCUAGAUUGCAUUCGCUACUGGAAAGCCCUAAAGAAGGAUGUGGGUAAGAUCCACCUGGUCUCCAGACCCCAGCCUUCAGACGAGUCCCUCCAGUACCAGAGGUACCUCAACUACCUCAUCGGUUAUGACGUCACCGACGUCAGCAACGUGCAUGACGACGAGUUGGAGUUCACCCGCAGGAAGCUCCUGACCCCCCGCAAGAUCGAGCUGUCAGACCGCGAUCCCAAACUUUACUCUAUGGACCCCUGGAUCAAGUCCAAACCCUUGCCGGAGUACCUGCUCAGUAAAGUGAGCAACAACCACAUCCUUCUGGUCGUUCACAGCAGCACGGCUAGCCAGACCAUCAAGGUGGCUAUCGACGACACGCCUGACCAGGUUCUGAAGAGCUUCUUCGCUAAGGUAGCCAACAAGAGGGCCUUGUUGGGAAUCCCAGAGAACUUCAGCGAGGCGGACUUCGUCCUGCGGGUUUGCGGGAGGGAGGAGUACCUCUUUGGGAACCAUCCAAUCAGAGACUUCCACCGGGUCCGGCAGUGUCUGAAGAACGGGGAGGAGAUUCACCUGGUUCUGGAGUCACCUCCAAACCCGGAUCUGGACUUGGUCCAGAAAGAGGACUGGGCCCAAGUGGAUGACUGUACUGGAGUAGCAGGUACCCACGAGCAGUUGACCAUCGAUGAGAAGGAUCAUGAGCGUGUGUUCACCAUCUCCCUGUGGGACUGCCACCGGAAGUUCAGGGUGAAGAUCCUGGGCGUCGACAUCCCGACCCUGCCUCGUAACCCAGAGCUCAUCGUGUAUGUGGAGGCCAGCAUCUUCCACGGCCAACAGCUGCUGGCCCAACAGAAGACCUCCUCCAAGCCCUUCACCGAGGAGGUGCUGUGGAACACCUGGCUGGAGUUUGAUAUUAGGAUCCGGGAUCUGCCCAAGGGGGCACGCCUCAGCCUGCAGGUAUCCUGUGGUAAAGCCCAGCCUCAGACCUUCAAGGCGAGCACCUACCAGGACAACAGUGGAGGCGGAGGCGAAGGGAAGAGCAGUAAAAGCCGCCUGCUUUACUACGUCAACCUCCUGCUGGUGGACCACCGCUCCCUGCUGCGCCAGGGCGAGUUCAUCCUCCACAUGUGGAAGAUGCCGGAAAAGAGCGAGGACAACAGCAGCGUCAACGCCGACAAGCUCACCUCGGCCACCAACCCCGAGAAGGACUCGUCCAUGGCCGUAGCCAUCCUGCUGGAUAAAUACUGCUACCCUGUGGCCCUGCCCAAGAGCAGGGAGGUCCGGGAGGCUGGGGCUGGGGCGGAGGCCGAGGGAGGGGAGAGAGUCCAGAGAGAGAUGCCCAACCACCUGAGGAAGCAGUUUGAAGCCAUCGUGGAGACAGACCCUCUCAACCCUCUCAGCCCAGAGGACAAAGAGCUGCUGUGGCACUUCAAACACGAGUGCAUGCGCCACCCCAGGGCCUACCCCAAGCUGCUCGGCUCGGUGAAGUGGGGGGACCAGGCAGCGGUGCUGGCCACUCACCGGCUGCUGGAGAAGAGCGUGGUGUGGGACCGCAGCGGCCUGGACGUGGGGCUGGCCAUGCAGCUCCUGGACUGCCACUACUCGGACGCCCACGUCCGCUCCAUGGCCGUGCACAAGCUGGAGACCCUGGGGGACGACGACGUCCUCCGCUACCUGCUGCAGCUGGUGCAGGCGGUGAAAUUCGAGCCGUACCAUGACAGUGCCUUGGCCAGGUUUUUGCUGAAGCGUGCUCUCAGAAGUAAGCGGAUCGGCCAUUUCCUGUUCUGGUUCUUGCGGAGUGAGAUCGCUCAGUCUAUGCACUACCAGCAGAGAUACGCAGUACUCUUAGAGGCCUACCUUAGAGGAUGUGGAGGGGCCAUGCUACAUGACUUCAAACGCCAGGUGGAAAUGACUGAAGCAUUACAGAAAGUCACCCGUGACAUCAAGGCCAUGUCUGCUGACAAAUAUGAUGUCUCCUCACAAGUGGUGCUCCAGCUGAGGCAGAAGCUGGAGAACCUGCAGACGUCGGGUCUGCCAGAGAGCUUCAGGGUUCCCUAUGACCCCGGGUUGCGAGCUGGAGCCCUGGUGAUUGAGCAGUGCAAAGUCAUGGCGUCCAAGAAGAAGCCUUUGUGGCUGCAGUUCAAGAGAGCAGACCCCACCACCCUGUCCACUGACACCAUCGGGGUCAUCUUUAAGGACGGGGACGACCUCCGACAGGACAUGCUCAUCCUGCAGAUUCUGUUGAUCAUGGAAUCCAUCUGGGAGGAGGAAUCUCUGGAUCUGUCUUUGUUACCAUACGGUUGCAUCUCCACAGGUAACAAGAUAGGGAUGAUUGAGAUCGUGAAGGACGCCACCACGAUCGCCAACAUCCAGCAGAGCGUCGUGGGCAGCACCGGCGCCUUCAAGGACGAGAUCCUCCACCAGUGGCUCCGGGACAAGUGUGUGAGCGAGGAGAAGUUCCAACAGGCCGUGGAGCGCUUUGUGUACUCCUGCGGUGGUUACUGCGUGGCCACCUACGUCCUCGGAAUAGGCGACCGCCACAACGACAACAUCAUGGUCACCGAAUCUGGGAAUCUUUUUCACAUUGACUUUGGACACAUCCUGGGGAAUUACAAGAGUUUCCUGGGGAUCAGUAAGGAGCGGGUCCCCUUUGUUCUGACCCCAGAUUUCCUGUAUGUCAUGGGCACCUCUUCCAAAAAGAGCAGUCCAAACUUCCAGAAGUUCCAGGAUGUGUGUGUGCGGGCCUACCUGGCUCUAAGGCACCACACCAACCUGCUGAUCAUCUUGUUCUCCAUGAUGCUGAUGACGGGCAUGCCCCAGCUGACCAGCAAGGAGGACAUCGAGUACAUCCGCGAGGCCCUGACCGUCGGCCGCACCGAGGAGGACGCCCAGCGCCACCUGCUGGACCAGAUCGAGAUCUGCAGGGACAAGGGCUGGACGGUGCAGUUCAACUGGUUCCUGCAUCUGGUGCUCGGCAUUAAGCAGGGGGUGGAGAAGCGGUCGGUGUAGGGUGUUGGAGGCGGCGGGGGGGGGGGGGGGGUGUCAACGGACACUUGUGUGUAUAACACACAUUGUAUAUACGCUUGUACACACCGACGAACACGUUUUCUACACGCAUUCACAGACUCACACACACAGCAAGCACUUUUGUUUUACGGAGUACACGCACUAGUUAAGAUUGUGUGUGACUUGCAGGACUUGUGCUGGCCUGAUGGCAACAGAAACACCAGAAGAGUCUGCGUGACUCAGGGGAUACUGCUGAGGGGGGUCACGUUUGAGAGGGCUGCCCUCAUACGCCGUUAUUACUGAGAGGGCUGUCACCAUUGACAGACAAUAAGGGUUCAAGAAGAAAAUGGCCACCCCUCCAGCUCUACUCAACGACCACUGAACUCUUAACAUUUUCAAGGUUCCUGGCAGAAACAGAGUGGAGUGAGACACACAUUUGAGUCCAAGAUGAGUAUCUGGAUGUUCCCAAAGUAGAUACUUCACUGUCCCCUCAAAGUAGAAUUGCAGGCAACUGUAGAAUACACAUUUCAAUGCUUUUAUUCUGCUUCAUUAUGCAAAGACUGCUCAGAUUUGUACUUAAUUGACAUGUUUUCAUUAACGUUAUUUCAUUAUCAUUAACAAACAAACAAAAAUAUUCUCUCAAAACCCAAAGUAAGGUUGUUUCAUCAGUACAGUAUGCAGAUGAGUUCCAGGCACCAUUGUAGCUAAAUAAAUCAGCUUCUGUGCUAAGUAAAUCAAUGCAUCAUGUUUUCCUGUGUCCCAGAGGAAGUGGGCUCCAGUGGUGAAGAAGCCGUGUGUGUGUGUGUGUGUGUGUGUGUGUGUGUGUGUGUGUGUGUGUGUGUGUGUGUGUGUAACAAUGUGGCCACUGCUCUCCACCACCAUCUGUCAGAAAGAGAGGCAUUUUACAGAAAUGUAGUCAUAUUGGGUACUGUUUAUAACUUCGGGUAUGUACUCAAAAAAAUACAUGUAUAUGAAUGUACAUCAAUAUAUCGGACUGCAUUUUAGCCAAUUAAAUGUUAUCAAAGAGAACCGAACAGCCAUUAUGAAGCCUAGGCAAAGAAAAUUCCCUUUUUUGGGUCUCAACCCAGUUUAUGUUCUAAGGGGGUCAGUUACUGUAUUUAGACAUUCAUUAAAAAUGAAUCUAUUUGCAAAAAUUAAUAUGCACCCAUCCGCUCUUAUGAACCACUCCUUGCUUGGACUCCCUUCCACAGAGUUUGAUUGUACCUAAUAAAACGUAACUUUUAACAGC